AAAAAAACCUCGAUUGAGGAAUACUGGCACCUAGGAGGCGCCUGCGGACUCGCCGCGCGAGCCACCAUGCGCAUGCUGCAGUUCGUCUUCGCGGUAAUCGUGGCCGCGCUGUACGGGGUCGACCUGGCCCAUGCGACCAAGACCCGGGCUCCUGCCUCAUCGGAGUGGAUCUUCGCCGAGGUAGUCGCCGCGCUGUCGGCCCUGACUUGUAUCGUGCACUGCUUUGUGGUUGUGAAGCGCGUGGCCUGGUCCGCGUGGGAUGCGGUGCUGUUCGUGCUCUGGCUGGCGCAGACGGGGGUGUUUGGGACGCUCUACGUCCCACGCGAGGUAGAGCCGGCGGAUCGCGCAACGACUACCUCGUUGAUCCGCAUGCGCAUGGCGGUCUGGUUUGAUCUCUUGAAUAUGGGGCUGUGGCUGGUCUCGACGGUUAUGGGUGUCGCUUGGUGCGUUCGGGCGCGCAGGGUCACUCGCUCGACGGAGAAAUGUGAUUGUCGUGAAUCUUGCGUGGAGACAGGCAGCGAGCGGGAUGUGGAGGAAGGGAUCGUGCCGGAUAGCAAG